ACCAACGGUUAACUUCCCCCUGCAGGCCAGCGGACAGGACCUCCCACUAUCAAUUUAAAAGUUCCACCUCUUCCCUUACCCCCUAGUCUUUUUUGUCCUGUCCGGGCCAGGGAGAGGAUAGCCUGUUGGAUGAAGAAACAGGACUACUACAAGAUUCAGUAAGGGCCUAAUAUUAGCUCCCCAGAGAAGGGGUCAGCAGGGGCUUACUUACAUGCCCGUGUCUCUCCUCCCGUCUGCGGGUCAGGGGGAUGCGGAGGAAGCAUGGCCGUGUUGGGCGAUGUUUGGGGCUGAUCCUCCGGCUGGGCUGGUCAGGUGAAGUCUGAAGACGGAGUGCGCCAUUAACUGCACGCCGCUUACUAUAGAAUGAGGAGAUCGCCGUGGACCGGAAGUGACGCGGCGGCCAUUUUGGAUGAGGGCAAGAGCGCAAAAAAUUUCAAAAUGGGAAAAAGAAGGUAUGGAGGCGGUUUUUGGCGCUAAAACUCCAGCGUCCUAGCCUGGAGAAGGCUGAUUUCAUUGGUGGGGCAGUCAGUGAAAGGAAAACAUUGAUUUAUGCAGGAGUCUGACCUGCCCUAUUUAAAGCAAUACACACUUCCUGUGGGUGCCAUUUUGCCAUCAGUUAAGCUGAGCAUUUAUGCACACAGGUACGUGGGGGUAUCAGCUGAGUUUUCUUGUAUUCUAAGACCAGUGGCUGAUUACUUUUUUAUCUAUUCUCUUAACCAGUUUUUCCAAUGGAACCUGGUAUGACGGGGAAAGCCUCUCACCCUAAAGGGAAAAGCCUUCCUGCCACAGAUGUAAGAAAAGACAAGUCUCCAGAGAAAACGAUUUCUGCAGAGAAACAACAGGAACCUGGGUCCUCUGUUUCACAAGAAAAUCAAUGGGAAUCCUUAGCCUCGGUGAUAAAACAGGCAGUUAUUCAGGGAUUCCAGGAGGUGUCAGGCACUAAGAAAAGACCAAGACACCAGCAUGGAAGACAGGGGGAGUCUUUUUCAGAUGUAUCUGAGGGAGAUCUGUCAUUUGACUCGGACGUCCUCUCUCAGGCAGGAUCAGAGGAGGGCGAGAUUGAUUCGGAAGAGGAAUCAACAUUUGAUUUAGCGGUGAUUGACCCGUUAAUAAGAGCAGUCAGACAGACUCUAACUUUUCCAACAGAAAUGACAAAGUUGUCAUCAGCGGAUAAACUCUUUCCAUCAUCAAAAAAGAAAUCCGCAUGCUUUCCUGUACAUUCGUCUAUCAAGGAGAUAAUUGCGUCAGAAUGGAAGAAGACUGAGAAAAGGGCUCAGACAACAGGGAAAUUCAACAAGAAGUAUCCUUUUGACGAACAGGAUUCAAAAACCUGGGAUUCACCACCUAAAGUGGAUGCGGCUGUGGUGAGGCUGGCUAAGAAGACAACACUUCCAGUAGAUGAUGCGGCAGUCUUCAGGGAGCCAAUGGAGAAGAAGAUAGAGUUCAAUCUAAGGAAAGCUUUUGGGUCCGCAGGGGCAGCCUGUAAACCAGCUGUUGCUCUGACUUCAGUGUCUAGAGCUUUGAAGGUGUGGUUGUCAGAACUUGGAGAAGCGAUAUCUUCUAAUGUAAAGAGACCAAAGCUUUUAGAGAUGUUGACAGAUUGUAAAAUGGCAACAGAAUUCAUAUCCGAAGCUUCGAUAGACCUAGUGCAUUUCUCGGCAAGAUCUAUGGCACUGUCGGUGGCAGCCAGAAGGGCUUUAUGGCUGAAGACGUGGGCAGCGGAUACAGUUUCUAAAACUAAUCUGUGUCAAUUGCCUUUUGAAGGUGAGAUGUUAUUUGGAGAGAAGCUCGACGCAAUUAUUAAAAAGGUCUCAGGUGGAAAAAGCGUGUUUCUGCCACAAGAGAGUCAGGCAAAAAGACCACGCUUUGAGACGAACUACAACAAACCGAAGGAUAAGUCAUUCAGGACGUCUAAACAGUACAAGCCUGGUAGAGAGUAUUCCAGGCAAUCUUCUUGGAGAUCAGGACGUCCAAGUUCCAGAGGGGCAGCGAAAAAACCGGGAUUUUUUUCCUCAGCCCCAUCUACUUCCGGUCGACAAUGA